AUGUUUCGCAAUGAAAGCGAGGUUGUAAUUGAGAAAGCCAAGGCUCGAGAAAAGUUGAAAGCAAAGUCAAAAGGUAGUUCUUCACGAUCAGCGACGCCGAUGACCCCAGCAUCCUACACAUCGAGCGAGGUCUCACCACAAACCAGUGAGGCUACUAAGGCCGAAGCCCUCAAGAAUGACCUCGUCGUUAGUUUACGCCCCGCCCAAGGUUAUUAUGGAGGGUUUUCUAAUUCCAUAAUACCAUCCUACAAUCUCCAGCCAACUCUGCAAGAGCGUGCUCUAGGCUACUUCUAUUCCAACCCUACGCUAUGGCUUCAAAACAACGACCUUUUGUGUACAUUAUGUGGCCAGGCAGAUGCAGAUGAGCAUCUUCUCGCUGGCAUGAGUGCAGUCGGACUUGCCAGUCUCGCAAAGUCCAUCCAUGCACCGAGUCUCAUGGUCAAAGCCCGGAAGGACUAUCUAACUGCGAUUCGGCUAAUAAAUUCAGCCCUAAGAUCUCCGUCGCAGGUCAAGAAGGAUAGCACGCUGUUCGCUGUCAUGGUGCUCAGCAUGUUUGAGACCAUCACUGGCACUGAUGUCGAGUCAAUUGGUGCUUGGACGAAGCACGUCAACGGAGCAGCAGCGCUUGUCAAGCUUCGGGGCAUGGAUCAAUUCUAUACCGACGCUGGACAACGAAUGUAUACUCAGGUAAUGGGCAAUCUUGUCCUGAGUUGUCUACAACGUACAGUCCCAGUGCCACCUGAGAUGAUUGAGUUACGGAAAGAGGCUGGAAAAAUCUUAGAUAAGACUAUGCAGUCAUGGAAGCUAAUGGAAGUUAUUAUCGAUUUCACCACCUUUCGGUCCACCUACCGAAGAUCGACUAUGGGUCGUCGUCAGAUAGUUGAAACGGCACUAGAUAUAGAUCGACGAUUCGCUGAAUUAGACGAUGGUUUCCCUAAAGAGUUCUCGUAUCGGACACUAUAUACGGACAAGGACCCGGAUCUCAUAUGGAACGGUACCUAUCAUAAAUACGAAAAUAAUUGGACUCCACAGAUAAGGAACUGGGUACGGGUUUGCAGGAUUAUGGCCCACGAAACCAUCAGCAAUCAGCUGCUAUACGACUCAGCAGCAACUCCACCCAUACUCACAAACGAUGAGACCAUAGCUCAACGGGCCAGUUCUAAUGAAAUAUUGCUGCAGGCCCAAGCUGAUAUUCUCGCAAGUGUGCCUCAGUACACGGCGACUACUAGCUACAUGCAUGAACAAGUUCCGGUAGAUGGUACCCGAGAAUGGUACAUUCUCUGGCCGCUCUACCUUGUUGGUGCGAUGGAUCUAGCGACAGAUCAACUUCGAGGGUGGGUUAUCAACAGACUAUUGACACUUGCAGACUCAGCUGGGAUUGCACACGCACAAAUCCUCGCACGGCACUUAAUUUUGAAGCAAGAUAUCGACAUUCUAGAGACUCCACCAAUCGCAGGCCUUAGCGCCCUGUUAAAACGAGUGGCGGGAGACAGCAACUCAAGGAUUGUGGAGGAGAUCUGA